AUGGCUUUGGCUGCUCCUGCUGUAGCUCUAUUCGAAUGGAUAGUUGACGUUACAAAAGAAUUAAUUCAACUUCGACAUGAUAAUCAUGACGAUUUUGAGUUCAUUCCUAAUAAUCACCAUGAAAUGAUAUGGAGAACUAUAACCAACCAAUUGUUUAUUAAUAGAGGGUUCGUCACUUCUCCUUCUCAAUGUCGAAAAAAAUGGUACUCAUUAAAAUAUAAGUAUGAAAAUCUCAAGAG